AGUUUCUUUUGGCGUUGAUUGAGCGCGAAUGUUGUGCAAUUAAUUGCGAAUUUUAUCUCUAUUAAAACAAUUAAAAGUGCGAAUUUGUGUCGGGAUUGCCGAUUAAAGUUUCCGGACGUUUUCUGGAACAUAUUAUUCAUUAUUCAGUAUUCAUCAUUAACGCUAUUUCGUCUCUGGCGACCGUAGAUUCAAAUAGGUUAGAAUUCCAGUGAGUAUAGAUUUUGAUGCUACAGACGCGAAAAUUAUUUUCUACGUUUACUCAAGAGGAUCGAACCGCAGUGUAUCUUCCAUUAAAUAUAUCAUGUAAACAUUCAAUUCGUCGAAUCAGAUAAAACAUAGUUGUUGUUGUUUGCAUAUUCGUACCUGAUGACUUCCGCGUGACCGCUAGAACAAUCGUUCGUAUCGCUCGCUCGAAAGCAUAUACAGUGUCGACUAAAAUUAUGUGCGUGGACGCGUUACGGCACAUACGUUUUAUCUCACGUUUACAUUUCGUGUACUGCGGUAAACUCGUUACGUAAAUCUGUGAUUUGUAAAAGUAAAGUGCGCGAGUUAACCUUUGUUCGAUCGUAAUAGUGAGUGUGACAGCAUAAAUCUAAAUUUCUGGUAUUCAUCGAUUCUUCGACGGAGCUGAUGCGAUGCAGUCUAAAGCGGAAUCUCCAGCAGAAUCUGAAGCAAACUACAAUAUCAUAGUUGGUAUAGCUGUGAAAACAUAUUCAGCUAAAGUACAACGACUGGUAUUGCAUACAAGAGCUGGAGACAACUGACAAAGAUAAUUUCUUUGAGGAUAUCACUCUUUCCUGGUCAUUCUCUGGAAAUUACAGCGAAGGAGGUAACCUAUCAUUAGAAAAUAGCCCGAAUAUGAAGAUAUUAAAACAUAUACCAGCCAAUAAUAGAAGUUCAACACACACACAUACAAUCUUCGAUAAUUGCCAAAUUUAUCUCAAUUUGGGCUGUAACAUUGUAAAUGUAGAAAAAAAUUUGAUUAAUGAACACAACAAAUUUUACUCAAAAUCAGAAUUUAAUCAUCAAAGCAUUGAGACUUUCGAGAAUUUCUUUUCGGGUAUUAUUUCAGAGUUUUCGGAAAAAUUAGUGCACAGAAUUAAUUUAAGCGGACACACUGAAACUAAUUUCUACGUAGAUGCCAAUACAAUUGGGAUUAUAAUCAACAUUUCGGGAAAUCUUACACGUGCAGCUUUCACUAUAUCUUCAAACAGAACGAUGCAAAGGCCAGGAAUAACAAUGUCGUUGGCACAUACGUAUGACAAGAAAGGGGUGGCUAUCGGCGCGCGCAACCUUUCAGGCGGGUGGUGCAUGAAACUAACGGGGGUUACAAAUUCAACGUACAGUUUCGAUGUGGUCGCUUACUUUGAAACAAACGAGACAAGCACGAAGAAUGAAAUUAUCGACAUUAAGUCCACGAAUGAAUAUACAAAUUUCAAUGAAAAAGAAGAAGAAGACAUCAUACUAAAUAAAGCAAACGAAGCAAUAAUUAACAAAACUAGACAAUUCAGUAAAUUAGAAAAAGAGUCUCGUAAAAGCAAUGUCAACACAAAUGAUUUUACACUUUUAAUUAAUCCUGAAAUAAAUAAAAAGUCAAAGUUUGUGUUCGAAAGAUCAGCAGAGAGAGAAAUGAUAAAUCCUCGUCUUCUACAUGGCAAAAUUAAUAAUGAUGAAACAGUCGACUUUUCUGAUAUGUCACUCUCGUCUAAGUCAAUGGAAAACAUAACAAAUUAUUUUAUUUUACAUAACAGGUCUUUAACGAGCUAUGGUGAUUUCAAAAUUUCACAGAAUAUAUUGAGCAACAAGAAAACAGCCCUGGAGAAACAGCAAAAAAUUCAAGCGCGAUCAUCGGAAGUCGCGUCAUUAAACGAAGAUAUUGACACAAAUAUGAAACCAUCCACUUUCUCUAGUGAAACUAUAUUAACGCAAAUGAAGGAUAACGAGAAUCAAGAACUUUCAGCGCUAGAAUUUGCUAAUAACGAACAGUUUUCUGAAAGAAAAAAGAUGCUAUUGGAAAUAUCGGCAAACAGUAACUUGAUUGUUGUCCCCCCUUCCCAGUCGCCAGGAAUACGUCACAGAGUAACUUUCGAUUUACUCAACAGUUGUAUUCUUCCCGUCAAAUAUGCUAUUCGAGCGAAAAGUUCACCACUUCGAAUCUAUGCUAUUCAACCGAUAUUCAUGUGGCUGUAUCCAGGACAAAAAGGUCAUGUAGCUGUCGAUAUCCUCGUACCAUUCGGAACUCAAGACUUAGUUAACACGCUAUCACUAUCUAUCGAUGGUACGGAAAUAUCGGAAAAAACAGCAUACAUUUAUGUUCGAAACUCGUUUUCCAAGAGCAUUGAUGAUGUAAAACCAACAAUUGAAUAUUCAUUUAAUAGUAACUGCGCUGGUAAAUUGGACAAAAGUCGCUGCGAUAAGACUCUUUGGAGUGCUGAUAUCAUCGUUGAAGAUUACGAUUCAGGUUUAAAACGUGUACUAUCGAGUCCAAAUGAAAUAUAUCCACGCAGUACUUUUAUAAGUGGCACUAAAGAACGCAUAUCAUUUACAUAUUGGUCAACAUGUUGCUCUCCCACCGCUAAAAUUACAGCAAUUGACGUUUUUGAUAAUCGAUAUUCUCGUACUAUUGAUGUAACAGCAUGGGACAAUCUAUCACAAGGAGAGAUAGCAGCAAUCACGCUUGGUGCAUUACUUCUUCUUAUUCUUUUGAUACUGCUCAUUGUUGCUAUUGUAUAUUGCGUUCGUAGAAGAAGUAGUCAUGAAUUACCAAGAUAUAGCUCCAGACAACCUAUUCGAUCUGAGAGAACAAGUUUCUAACAACACACUUGUCAAACAUCAGCUAUAUACAUCAUUGAAAAUAGCAGAAUAAACUUCCAAUAAUAUUCUACAUAUAUGUCAAAAUAUGUCAGAAAGAGAGUACAUAUAGCAAAGCAUUUAAUAAAUUUCUGUAUAAAAGUUAGUUUAAUAUUAACUCUAUAUCAGUUGUGCUUGUAUGUCGGAUUAACACUGGCAUUUAUUUUACUACCACCAUAUAGAAAAGUUUAGAAUUUAUAAAAUAUAUAUUUCUCAUUUUUAUGUAAAACUCAU